GGGGUGCUAAAAGGCUCGUUGACAUGGCAUCUUGUAUCUUUUCUGACAUCGCUGCCCCGUCUUUUAGAAAAAAUAAAAAAUAGGGACAAGGCUGGGGCUACAAAAACCCUCCCUCGGCAUAAUAGAGUGGAAUUGACUUCUUUCGUCUGUUGUUGAUAUUUUCUACAAACAGGAUUGCGAAUAUCCAUUGUUUCCAACACAAACUUUAAACAUUAUAUCGCAUGCGGUGUUCAGAUAAGUUUCUAUUUAAAUCUUUAAAUUCAAAUAUCCUAUCUGUAGACAGUCAGGAGGCUCCAAGGUAAAGGUUUCGUGUUUGUUUUAGGUACAGUAGCGGAAACGAGAAGAAAAAAUAAACAUCACAGGUAAACCUGCAUACUGUGGCCUAAAAGCUGGAUCGAUUUUAGUUUCGCUUACGAAGGAGAAAUGUUUAUUUUUGCAAACAUUGAGUGAGUUAGUACAUAUCAAAACGAUGCUACGCCAAGCUGGUGUACUUAUGUGUCUGUAAAACAAAUUUUCUUUGUGUGCUUCAUCAUUUUCUUUGUGAUGUUUAAAGUGACUGAGUACAAAUCAUCAUGUUUAAACUUUGCUUAAAACAGCGUCACACAAAAAUUCAAAAACGAAGAAGGCUUUGACUACAGCAAUAAAGCCACCGAAAUAGCACUGUUUAAAACAAAUUGAAAUGUGAUUGUACACGCACUGAGGAACCUCCCUUAGCCGGACACCUUUAUCAGACAGACCUUUUAAUUUGUUCUAAAAGAUUUGUUACAGUAACUCACAGCGCGACCCUUCUGAAGCAAAUACUUCCUUAAAGCGGACACUCUCCGAUUCCGCGUGCAAAAUUUAUGACUUCGUCCCGUAUGUGUCCGCUUUAAGGCCGCUUUUUGUUAAGCUGUUUCUGACCGCUGGUCCCGAAGUUUAGCAUCUACACAACAACAUUUUUUCACGACAAAACGUUUGUGUUUUAACUUCUUUCAAAGUUUAGACUAGUCAACUUCCAAACUUUCUUAACAACCAAUAGAAAUUCAGAAAAAGCUGACACAUUUAAUGUAAUGAAAAAUGAGUUUGUUGUUUCAAAAAAAAUAUGUUAUUCUUCGCUAUCAGUAUCACCAAUUUCAACAGCGUUGCUCUGAUUAAACGUUUGCGACAGCUUUAUUGUUAAUAUUUCUUCUAUACACUUCAUUUUUCUUUCCAAGCUUCUAUAACGUGUCUAUUGUCAUACAAGGAACAGAAACUAGAGGAUUUGGAAUAGCGCGAACAAAAAUAAACUUAAAUACACAAGGUAAUAUUUAUGUUACUCUAUGACCAAUGACAGAACAGAUAAAUUACGUCACGGUUUGUUAUGGAAACAACACUAACUAAUUAAAACUGAGAGGAGAGCAUAAAAACGUACUUCAAUUGCAAAUAAAUUUCAAAACACAAGAAACAAAAAGUAAUUUGAAGAACGGUCAAGUUUAAUACGGGACUUGUUCUUUAAGGUCUCACGUAACUAAAGAUGUUUUUCUCUAUUUGCGAGCUUCUGUGGUUGUUAUGCUUUGUGACUGUUUGUGGCACUGCAGCUGUUGAACUAGAUGAUGUUAAACCAGGCAUGUGUCCUGACAGGAUUCGAACAAGUGAUAUCGAGUGUACUCCCAUAGACACUUACGAUUCAUUUUGUUUAUUUGACACCGAUUGCAGAGGAAAGGAAAAAUGUUGUUCAGAUGGAUGCUACCUUGUCUGCACUAAACCAAAUACAUCACUCAAACCAACUGUUAUCGCAAAAACACCCACGAAAAACAAAAAGGAUUCCUUACAUGUCAAACCAGGGGUAUGCCCAUUUGUGAUUAGACAGUGUCGUCCUGGACAAGUUUUUGUUGAAAGUUGUUUACUUGAUGAUGACUGUUCUGGAACGAAAAAAUGCUGUUCAGACGGGUGUAAUCUGGUAUGCACCAACGUAGCUUCAUCGCCACCCAAGAAAACUAAGAAAGCUUCUAUAGCAGAUGUCGAAUUGGGGAAAUGCCCAGUUGUACGUAGAAGGAGAAAGAAAGCGUGUCCUCCUGUAGCAUUCCUUGUUGCAGGCUGUUUAUUUGAUAAUGACUGUUCUGGAACGCGGAAAUGCUGUUCAGAUGGGUGUAAUCUGGUAUGCACCAACGUAGCUUCAUCGCCACCCAAGAAAACUAAGAAAGCUACAGGUGGCAAAGACGGCAAACAAAGUGAAUAGUGUGGAAGAAUCAAAAUAUAAACAUCGUCAAAGUAACCAAUGACAAUGUGGUUAAACAAUUUGGCGCAGUUGAAAAUGCAUUUUUAACGACUUAAACGACUAUGUAAUUACCUUCAGGGAAAAUGAUUUUUUUACAGAAUAAAUUCAAACUGUUGAUCGAA